GUAAAGUUGCGUAACUCAUAAAAGCAUUUAAACUCCCAGAGUGAAAAAAAAGUUUUUUUAGGAAGAGAUAAACAUGGAAGCGUACUCGUCGAUUUUUAAAAAGCGUAAAACUUCGUCCUUGUUUAUUCCGCGUGCUUCGGUGAUCCGACACACCAGCGAUGUCAAGUUAAAAUAUUCAUCUACUGAACCUUCCACUGAACGUGAAAGUAUGUUAUCAACACAGGAACAACAAACCCAUUCUCUACUUAGCCCAAACUCUGAGGCUAGUUUAUUAUGCAGAAUUACGAAAAGAAAUGACAUGGAUGUUCAUAACAACAACAACGAUGACAGUCAAUGUAUUGAGAACAGUGACAACAGACAUGCUGACAAGAUAUUUUCAUUCACUGGAAGUAGUCAAAUUAAAUACAAGGUGUCGUCGUUAAGUAAGCACUCAUCGUCAACAAGGAAUUCAUUUGAACAGUGUUAUAAAGACUACCUGAUCAGCACCACAGCUGGCUUACAAAAUGUAUGUUCGGAAUCUGAAAUUCAAUAUUUAAAAUUUUUUUACCGAGGAGUAAGUCCAAAAGCGUUAAGGGAAGCGGUUAACCAAGUUAACAAAUCGAAACACAGCUUUAAAUUACGUGAUAAGCUUCGAAAAAGACCACAUGUUAACCACACAACUUUCAUACAGAAUUUACAAAGGGAUAGUUCCACUGAUGGCUCCGUUACAAUGACGUCAGAGAGCGAUUUCAACAUGAGCGAUGACCCGUCACGUGGUUUUUCUGCACCAACGAGAAAGCGUGCAGUGAACUCUCGUAAAAAUAUCCUAAAUUUACAAUGCGAGUACUGUUACAAACAGUUCACUAACGAAGACGCGUCAAGGAGACACAGGCUAACUCAUAAGGGAAAGAGAACCUAUAAAUGUGAAUAUUGUGCCAGAUCAUUCUACGACCAGUCAUCUCAUUUACGACAUUUGAAAAGUCAUAAUGGCGAUAAAGCGCAUAAAUGUAAAAAAUGCCUAAUGGCGUUUAAUAAAAGAAGCGCCCUUGAAGUUCAUUUCCGCAGCCACACAGGAGAGCGUCCGUUUGUUUGUAAGUAUUGCGACAAAGGUUUCUCCAUCUCGGGCAAUCUUCAUCGACAUAUGCUUAUUCAUACUGGCCAUCGGCCGUAUCAAUGUGGGAAAUGUACACGUGCAUUUAACAAUCCAAGCCAUCUAGCAAGACAUAUAACCACCUUUCACAUGUAGAUUGAAAAGCCCACUUGGCACAACUAUGAAAUGUUUGUAUGCUGUGAAGUUUAUCGCUUUAUUGUUCAGUUCUUAAAAGAGCUUCGUGUAGAAUCAUCCACGCACGAUUACAGAAUUGGCAAAAGUUCAAACAACUUUAUUAGUGUAUAGUCGUAGUCAGUGGGCCACCCAUUGAAAUUCUAUAAUUACGUUUAUCUGUUAUUAAAAAAAGGACUCAUUCGUAUUAGACUAUUAGAGGUUCAAUAAAGCAAAAGUUUUUUUUCCAUUCUUUUAAAAUUGUUGUUUAUAAACUGUUUAAAGAGAAAAGCUUGUUAAAAGCGGCCACAAUAAUGUGCAUGUCAGCGAUCAACGUCGAUACGUCAUGAACGGUAUAUAAAACAUAACAGACUUAAACAAGAUAGACAGAAAAAAUGUUCGUUUAUUAAAACUGGAGCAUGACCAUAUCAGAUGCUCAAAACUCGAGCAGAAGACUUUGACAUCUAAACAUUUGUUUCUGUGUAAUAGUUUUCUCCACAGUUGUUUUCGUCGCCAUUUUGAAAACAGGUUCGCCGAGGCGUGUAAUGUGGGGAUUAAUAGAGUGCCUUCAUCCAAUUAAAAAACAAACAAAGAAACAAGAACAUUGAUUUUUUAUUUAUAUGUAAUAUAUUUUUUCAACUUUAAAUUAUACUAAAAAUGAAAUCUGUAAAUUAUGUUUGUAUAAAUAACUGUAUCUGCCUGUCUUUUUUG